AUGUUUUCGCUUCGGUACCGGCGAACGUCAUAUGCCGCGCAUCAGCAAACAACUACCAGCAGUGGUGGCAACGACAUUGGUACAGACAACAACAGCAAGAGCCCCUUUUAUUGUGAUGAAGAUUACGACGCCAAGUCUAAAAAGCUCAGCAAUGUACGGCCGCAUUAUGUCAUGAAGGCCCUUGGCAGCGAGCUUACCGCUGUGACGGCACUGACUCUCGUUGCUCUCGUUUUUCGACUAUGGUCUAUCAACGUUCCACGUACUGUCGUAUCAGCAGAACUUGAAAUAUGCAACCAGAUCAAUUGGUAUAUGGCAGAAAAGUUCUUUAUCGGCGCAUAUCCACCACUUGCAGGCAUGUUUUACGCUACUCUUGCGCGUUAUUUCGGAUACAGUGGCGGUGAACCGAUCUAUUAUGCUGGCCAGUUCCCGUUGUCAGAAUUACGUGUCACUUCUGCAGCAAUUGGCACACUCUUGGUUCCAAUUGUCUACCUCACUGUUCGCAAAUUGGGUCACCAGCAGCCAGCUGCAACUACGGCUGCUGGUUUGCUUAUAUUCGAGAACGGCCUUAUCACACAAUCGCGUUUUUUAAUGCCAGAAGGAUUAUUGUGUCUGCUUUGCAGUCUGACAGCAUUAACAUGGGCGAUCCAGCUGAGGAAGCAAGAAAGGGAGCCAUUUAUGAUUCCGUAUAAUUUACAGGCUAUAACCGGCGUACUUAUGGGAUGUGCGUUAAGUAUAAAAUGGCAAGGCGUUAUUUCUCUUGUAGUUACAUGGACUUCUACGCUGACGUAUCUGUGGAAGAUUCUGGGCGAGAAAAAAUUUGGCUUUAACUACGUCGCAAAGCAAUUCAUUGCUCGCUUUAUCACGACAGCGGUGCUCCCAUUAUGCAUCUAUCUUAUGCUCUUCCACAUUCAUAUUGGCAUGAUCCCAAUGGCAGGCGACCAUGAUCUUGUUGUGAGUCCACGACUACGUUUCUCACUAGAAGGCAACGAAUUUCCAAAGACCCAACAAGAUAUUGCGUACGGCUCAAGCGUUGUCCUACGUCAUUGGGGCAGUAAUGGUGGCUAUUUGCAUUCCCAUUUCAAGCGAUAUGAAGGCGGUAGCACCCAGCAACAAGUAUCUGUUUAUCCAUUUGAGGACAUGAACAACAUCUGGGUCAUCCAUAAGGCUGAUAAUCGUUGGAACGCAUCACAGCCGGUCGAGUACGUUCGAAACAAUGACCGAAUAAUGCUGGAACACUAUUCGACAGUGCGCAAGCUUCACUCACAUGAUCAUCGGCCUCCUGUGAGCAACAAAAAGGAGCAAAGCGAAGUAAGUGCGUACGGUGACCCCUUAGUCCGUGAUCCCCAUGAUUAUUGGUGGAUCCAGGUCUUGUACGAUGAUGGCCAGAGCGAUGGCGAUGACAAAACCCCGAUCAAGGCAGUGAACACGCGUAUUCGUCUACUGCAUUCUCGUAUCUGCCAUUUGCUCAGUCACAACGUACGGCUACCCGAUGCAGACAAGCCUCAACAAGAAGCUAUCUGUAUGCAAGGUGCUAAAAAAGAACUCAGUGCUUGGGUUAUCGAACAAGCUUACCAUGAAAAUUUGGAAGGUGAAGAGUUGGUUGGCUAUGAGAAAAUGACAAGAAUGGAGAUCAUCAAAGAAGUGCAUCGGCACAUGCUGUCGUAUCGUUCGGUGAUGCAUGAUCAUUUGGCACCAACACCGCCUGCGGAUCCCACAUUCCAAAUACAGUUAUUAAAACGGGAGCAAGCCAAGCCAAUGGAUUGGUUCUUUGGAACAAAGGCAUACCGUUUAUGGGACCAAGUUGCUGGUCGAUCUGUUUAUCUGGCAAUGAAUCCGUCGGCCAAGGUGAUGACCUUUAUUGCCUUGGCUACAUGUGGCAUGUACAUGGCUUUAAGCACAAUCUUGCAAAAGCGUCAAAUCAAAUUACCGCGAGCAUUUGAGUGGGCAGCGUCCUUAAUCCACGCCCUUGCUCUUUAUAUGAUGCCCGCGUUCAAUCUAAAACUAGCAGACAGUUUGCCAAGCGCCUACUUCAGUGCCGGUCUCAUCGCCGUCGUAUUGGAUGCUGUUACAUUGCGCAUGAGCAGAAAGACACAAUACUAUGCAUGUUUGACAGUUGUGUUGCUUGCCUGCUAUGGAUUUAUCCAGCUCUAUCCUGUUUCAUACGGCAGUCGAUUCUGGACACAAAGUGAUUGCAGAAGACUGAAUGGUAUUGAUCUAGAAUGUAACCGAUAUCCAGAGACAAAUCCUCAUGCUCAACAGCAGCAACAACGAGUAACUGAGGACGAAAAACGCGACAAAAUAUCGAUAGUAUACGUUGAUAUGCCAGGAAAAGCUGAGCCGUUCCGCUACCAUAUUGGACAUGAAAUACAAGCCGAUGAGCAUAUUGCUGCUAUGCAGGGAGCGUCAUUCAGCAAAGCGUACCGCGAAGCAACUGGCACUGCCCGUUACCAUCGAGUCGAAAGCACGCCAGGUCCGUCGGAGACAGAAGUAGCUAUGUGGCAAAAGGAAAUAUUCGCACAUGCAAGAGAACGAGCUGAGCAAGAAGCGAUCAAGGUGGUAGAAGAGGCAAACAAGAAGCUAGAGGAGGAAGCAGCGCAGAAGGAACACGAGGAGCAAGGUCAGCAACAAGAAGCUGAACAACAGAAAGCAGAUGAUUAA